GUGCACCCCUGCCGUGGCAAGGAUUGAAAAUCGCACGGCAUUUUCCGCCCGUCUGCCCACAACAGCUGCCCGAUGUUACGGCGCAGGGAAGUGUGAAAAUGUCACGCGGUCGUUACAAGCAAUUGACACGCCUGCUACCUUACCUGAAGACAGAAAGUGAGGAUUGUCUAUAUCUGAAUGUGUAUGUGCCACGAGUGGAUGGUAUAUUCGAUUCAAUGUCCGCCUACGAUAUGGACACAUCCGUAAAACGUUUACCGGUGAUGGUGUACGUGCAUGGGGAAUCUUUUGAAUGGAAUAGUGGUAAUCCUUAUGAUGGUUCGGUGCUCGCAAGCUAUGGUCAAGUCAUUGUUGUUACCAUCAAUUAUCGGCUUGGAGUAAUGGGAUUCCUGAAGCCAAGCAUUGACGAGAAUACAGUGGCAAAUUUCGGACUACUUGAUCAAAUUGCCGCAUUGCAUUGGAUUAAAGAGAAUAUCGCCUCGUUUGGCGGCGAUAAAGAUAGCGUCACGCUCAUGGGACAUAGCACAGGCGCCGCGUGUGUUAAUUAUUUAAUGAUAUCGCCUGUUGCAGCCGGACUCUUCCAUCGGGCAAUUCUUAUGUCGGGCUCCGCGAUGUCAGACUGGGCGGUCAGUAAUCAUUCGCUUCAACUAACUAUGCAAAUUGCUCACACACUGAAUUGUCCUUUAAACGAUGACAACGAGGAGAUGCUAUCCUGUUUGCGUCAAAAACGCUAUCAGGACAUCUUAAAAAUACCAACAUCAUUUCCCCAAUUUUCAACUUCAUUGGGUCCAAUUGUGGAUGGCCAUGUGAUACCAAAUCAACCAUACAAAGUGAUGGGACAAUAUACAGAACAUUUCAGUCGCUAUGAUUUAUUAUUUGGCGUCACCGAGUCCGAAUCAUAUCACACGCUGGGCGCAUUAGCACUCGACGAAGGAUUACGUGAAAAUGAACGCGAUAAUUUAUUGCGUUUCUAUAUGCAAACACGAUUUGAUGUUCGACCCGAUCUAGCAUUGGCUGCCACACUCAAGAAAUAUGAAGAUAUGUACAACAAUCCAAAUAAGGCGACAAAUCAGGAACAUCGAGAUCUUGUGCUCGACAUACUCUCCGAUGCACGUGUUGUUGGUCCACUAAUGCAAACCGGGCUAUUUCAUGCAGAUGUGAAUCGUCGCAAUUAUAUGUAUGUGUUUGGACAUAAUAGCGCCACCGGACCACAUGCCAGCUUGCCGCACAGCAUUACAGGCGAAGAGUUGGCCUUCAUUUUCGGUGCACCACUGGCACCGGCCGGUCCCUUUCCCAGCAAUUCGUAUGGAGCACAGGAAAAGCUGCUCUCCGAGGCCGUCAUGACGUACUGGACGAAUUUUGCAAAAACAGGCAAUCCAAAGGCUCCUUGGAAGGGUAACUUUAUUAAUUUGCAUGCCUUAGAAUGGGACCGCUACGAUCUAGAUUGGCCUGAAUUCAACAAACGUACACAAGCCUACAUGAAUAUUGGCAUACCACCAUCGAUUGGCUACAAGUACCGGCAAAUCUACAUGAAUUUCUGGAACAAAGAGCUACCCGAUGAACUGAAUCAAAUCGCAAACAUACAAAGACAACCGUAUUUGCAUGCAACCGUAUACGAUGGAGCCAACGGUGCUAUUGCAACACAGCAUCCACGCGGUGGAACAACUGCCACAACGCACAACACAUAUUCGAUGCAGCGGCAUGGCAGUAGUGGAGGUGGCAGCGAAGUAAUAACCGGGCACAUGAGUCAAUUUGGCACACGUGAUAAUGGUGCCGAGGAUCCGGUACGCACACUGAAACUGUUACUUCAGGAGCCAUGGAAAAUGGGUGGCAGCAGUGAGGCAGGCGCCAGCAGUACGAAUGGUGGAGGCGUGGUAGGCAUGGAAACUUUGGCGGAGAAUAUGUAUAAUGCGCCACCGACCUUUGGCGUAACCAAGCAUGCGGAUGAUGAUCAGCUCUAUGCGUUAACCGCCGCAGGUGGCAUGGGUGGCAUGGGUGGCAUUAUUGGAGUGCCUGGUGCGGGCUUCGCAGUUAGGGAAAAUGCUUUGGGUGGUUUUACUGGGCUCGGUGUUGGCACUGGUGCGGCAUUGGCUGGCGGCGGCAAUGCAAUUUAUGGUGUGCCAAGAGCGGAAAUUACAGAAGAUGACAAUGGUGGCGGUGGUGGCGGUGGUGGUGGUGGUGGAGGUGACGCAAUUUACGGUAGUGCAGGUGAUGCUGCAGGAAGUGCCGUAGGAAAUGCCGCAAGCAUUGGUAGUGCCAGUAGUGCCGGCAACAAAGAGGAAGUUGCCAAAUCAGAGACGACAAUACAACUGCUCAUCGGACUGAUUGCCGUUUUUAUAGUGCUCAAUGUCAUCAUCUACUCAACCUUCUUGCUGCAGAAGAAGAAGAAGGCUCACAAAAUGCAACGCAAGCUAGGCGGCAUACUCAGCUAUGAUGGCACUACCGAUGAUGAGUUCAAGCGCUCAAAGCAAAAUGACGGUGAUGAAAGCUACAUACUGGAUAUUGUACGCAAAUCGAACACAUAUGAAGCGGUGAAAACGGAACGUUCACCCAUCAACGGUUUUCAAAUGACACGGCAGUUAAGCACAUCGACUGUGGAUGCGCACACAAAGGUAUGCGCUUGGAUGUCGGCUGCCGCAGGUGCCGCCGCGGAGGCGAAGGCAUGUGCCGGUGGUGGUGGUGCCGAUAGUUCCAAGGGUGGUUCAAAGAAAUCAUCAUCGCCCACAUUCUCUUCGCUACGCAGCAGCAGCGCCGGUGGCAGUUUCAAACAGCCAGUGCAGCCACAGAAAGUGAGUGUCGCCGUGGAUGCCACACCACAGACGCGAAGCAGCAGUGUGCUGGAGCAGGAGCCCAUUGAGGCGCUUAAGCUAAAAGCGGAUGGGCGAAAUAUAAUAAUUUGCCAGGAAGUGGAGGUGGUCGAUCAGGAGCUGCUCACGCCACAAAAUUCGCUCGAUAGCUCGCGCUAUACGCUUGUGCGUCAGCACUCAGCUGCCACCGAGCCGUGCGAGGCAGAAUUACCACAACAGGGACAAUUGCCGAUAUACAAGCAAACACCGCAGCAUGCGCAUUCGCAUUCCGACCCCGUCGACAUGCAGCACUAUUAUAGCAGCUUAUGCGGCGCCACGACCGAGCAAGAUGAGAAGGUGACCAGCUUUGUGGGCGAGGAUAUAAAUGUGACUAGUCGCGAUGACGACGACGCUGCAGCGCUCGCGCAUGCACUCACACCUGCACAGCAACUGCAAGUUAUUAAAAGUCGUAAUUAUCCAAAAGUUUUACCCACAACGAAAGCAACCACCACAACAACAACCAACGCUGAUGUGAAAUUUCUUGCGAGCGCAGACGAUUCACCACCUAUGACGCUCGAUUUGCGCACCACCAACAAACGCAAUUCACUGCCGCCCAAUAGUUUUCUUCCACAUUUUGGCAGCACCAUGGGCGGCAGCGUGGGUGCACGCUAUCCGCCGUUGCCGCCACCUCGCACCAUCUCCACACUGGGACGUAAGCCUUCGCAGCGUCGCAACAGCAGCAAUAUUACAACAUCGCCGCUGAUGUUGGCACACGAUUGCACAGCUGAGGAAGAGGAAGAACCGCCAAUCACGCAGAAUACGCUUAUUGUGGGCCCCUUAAUACCACAGCAGAGGCAAAAGAUGUGUGGCGGCGCUGCUGAUGCUAAUUACUCGACGCUUAAGCGUAAUGAGGCAGCCACAACCGACAAUGCUGCGGUGGUCUUUAAUAGCCUGCCAAGUAGUAGAGUGGAAGAUGCAAAGACGACGCAGACAACAACAGCAAUGCAUAGCAUAUCUGGCGCGUCAUUAGCGCCAACCAACACUCAAAUCGGCUCAAAGACGCCUACGUUUACGACAGCAGGUGUUACGGGCGUAACAACAUUCUUAAGUAGCGGCGCUGAUGCUGGCCUACAAAGCUUCGAAAGUCGGCCAAUUUUCUCCGUGGGAGUGGACGAUAAAUUUCAGCAACAACAACAACAACAAAAUGAGAAACAACAACCUACACAUCAUACAGAGCGGGUUUACGCAAUACAACAGCCAGCUACAGCUAAUUUGCUAGCCAUGCAAACAGGAAGCCAGACAGGAACAGAAACAAAUGUGACACCUACCUUAAUUACAGCCCCAGUAAUGAAUUUGACAGGCCAUCAAAAUGUUGGUGUACACAACAAUUUUCCUACUAAGAGGAACAACAGCAACAACAAUAGCAAGGGUAUUAAUGCUGACAUCAGUGACAUUUAUGCGCAGCCCAACAAGUCGACCAUUAAAGCAAAAACAAAUUUGACAGCGCCCAAACUGAGGGCGCCGGCUGAGCAAUCGAAAACAACACCAGCAACCAGUGCAAAUAAUCCCUCAGCACACCAACAAAAAACAUCUACAAUCGGUGCAAUAGCCGCUUUGGCGCGAUUACCGGGCUACACAACAACAGCCGCUGCAUCACUGAAGCCAAUCGCUACUACCGAUGGGGCAACAGCAAAAGCAAGUCAAAUGGAAACAGCAGCAACAACGCAGUCUACUGAAAUGUCAGCCGCCAACGUGGAUGCAACGCAAUUGACAAAUAGUGGCGUCGACAAACAGGUGACAGCUAUGAGUAUGCAAACAAUGGAAUCACUGGCAGCAGAAGCGACAGCAACAGCAAAUCCGAUAGCUUUAGCUACAAACAACACAAAAGGAACGGCCGUGGGAGGAGGAGGAGGCGGCGGAACAGCAACAGCAUUGCCACAAAUGCUUGACAAAGCUGGGGUUGGCAGCUUACAAGCACAAUUAGAUGCCCAAAAACAACAAUCGCAACAACAGCAGCAAAGCAGACUGCUAUCACCAACAUCGACAUCAACUGCCGCAGCAAUGGACAAAACAACAACAAUGACAGCGCGCGUUACACCUGUCAGUUGCAUGUCAACCAUCACAACGGCAGCAACAACAACAACUGGAACAACGACGACAAUAGCAAAUGCCAUUGCUGCACAAUUGGCACAAACAAAGCCUUUAAAAGCAGCGCUGGCGGCAAAUAAUUUCAGAGGGGCAGUAGUAGCAUCGCAAACAUCGAUACUUGAUGGCGCUGACAGUGGUGCAGCUAGUGCCGCGCGUGAUUCCUGCCACAGCUCAGUGUCAACGAGUUCUGCUGGCUCUAGUGCGGACUCUACAUGCUCAUCAGCCUCCUCAGGCUCAGCAACAUCUUCCAAUGCUUCAGCGGCAACUGGCACCUCAUCCACUUGCUCGUCAUCAUCGUCCACGGGCACUGUGCGCACGGAAUUGAAACAAAAGACUAAUGGCAGUGGGCGACCAACACAGCUAUAAGAACAACAAUACAACAAUGAAAUGCGCUACCAACAAGCACAAUCACUGCAAGCGGAGAGUCGGUAAAGCACUUGAUCAACAACAGCAACAAUAAGAACAAAAAACAAACAAUAACAAUCACACUUUAUACAGGUAAAAAGGUAAACAAUGGAUGGAUGAAUGG